AUAGCCCAUCAGUUGAUUAUUCGAAGAAUAAAGGGGGGUUGGAUGGCCUAAUGCCAAUGGAUAACGUGCAUGUUGAAUCAUAAAGUUGAGUUCUGGAAGAAGGAAGCUACAAGAUUACAAGACAAGCUGACUAUACUUGAAAAACAUUUAUCUGAAGUUGAAAUAAAAUAUCAGUUAGCUUUGGCUGGUCAAGGGGAAGAUAAUCAUACUGAACAUAGCAGUAGAUUAUUACAAACUGUUGCUGGGUUGUAUGGUCAACCACUGUACAGUGAUGUAACAUUAUUACUGGAUGGUGAGAAAUCGAUCCGUGGCCAUAAAUUAGUUUUAUCUACCUGGUUUGAUAAAUGGUGUGGAAGUAAUCUCAAUGAUGUAGAUAUAAUUGAUCUCUCAGAGUUUGACUGUAACGUAAUGUUGGCAAUGAUCAAAUGGAUUUAUACAGAUAUAUUUGAAACAAAAGAAGCUGAUGCUGUUUUUCUAGAAGAACUUUUAAAAGCUGCCGUAAAAUAUCAACUUCACAGUCUUAAUGAAAGAUGUCAGAGAGCUUUAGUGUUUUUUAUCGAUCAAACCAACUGUUUACGAUAUUAUCACACAGCCAAUCAACUGUCAGCUACUAUACUUAAAGAACAAUGUCAACAAUUUCUACCUCCAGAGGUAAACCAAUCAGAAGUAAUAGAUACACCCAUCCCAGAACCGGUUCCAGAAAUCGUUUUAGCCGAUAUAAUGGUAACGGUCAAAGACAUGAAACCCCUUAGAUGUCAUCUAUGUACCAAGGGAUUUGACGAAGAGGAGAAACUAAAAACCCACAUUGAUUGGCACAACAAGAAGAAGCCCCACGUUUGCGAAUUCUGUAAUAAAAGUUUUGUGAGAUUGUCACGAUUAACGCAACACUUGAGAAGUCAUACGGGUGAAAAACCCUACACAUGUAACAUCUGCGACAAAUCGUUCAGCAUCAGGGCGAACAUGCUGACACAUCAACGUUUACACAACGGACAAUUAGAAUACGCUUGCUCCGUCUGUAACAAAGCUUUCAAUACGAACUUCAAUUUGCAGACGCACGUCAUGACGAUGCACACGUCCAUUCAUCCAUAUAAAUGUCGCCUGUGCGACAAAUCCUACACCCAGAAAUGUAAUUUAGAAUACCAUUUCCGAUCACAUACUAAACCCAAACGAGACAAGACUCAGCCUCUUGUCAAGACGUGUGAAAUGUGUUUAAAAACGUUCAAGGACAGUUCACAGUUAAAGAAACAUAUACGCACUCAUACCGGAGAGAGGCCUUACCCGUGUGAGUUAUGCGACAAGGCCUUCUUUCAAAGAAGUCAUCUUAAAAAACAUUACAAGUCACAUGACAGAAUAGCACGAAAAGCUAAACUUCAACAAAAAUCUGAAUCGGCUGAAAAUGACACUUAAGUCAUUCUGUGUGGACAAAUGACUUUUGUUGAUACCAGUGCUCUUUGUUCUAAGCGAUAUUUAAUUUCACACAUAUUGCUACUGUUUGCGACAAGGGAUGUCCAUGGUGACAAGUCAGCUGAUUGCAAGUCUGUAAAUUGAUUGCACAUGCACGCAUGUUGUUGUAGUUUCAACCACAUCACAGUUGUUCAUUGUUUCAAAAAAAAAAAAAAAAAAAAAAAAAUAACACUUGUGUUCACCAGAGUUAUGGGCAAUGGUAUUGGUACAUGAACAUUUAAUGUUGGUUCUGGUUGUAAGGAUUGUGCAACCAAGACUCAACUUAAACGGACAGAUUUGUUAAUAAAUCAACGAAUUACAGCCAUGACAAAACCUAUACAUGGUUGAAUGACAGCCACAGGGAACCUAUUACAUGGUUGAAUGACAGCUAUGAGAAACCUAUUACAUGGUAGAAUGGCAGCCAUGGGAAACCUAUUACAUGGUAGAAUGACAGCCAUGGGAAACGUAUUACAUGGUAGAAUGACAGCCAUGGGAAACCUAUUACAUGGUAGAAUGACAGCCAUGGGAAACCUAUUACAUGGUAGAAUGACAGCCAUGGGAAACGUAUUACAUGGUUGAAUGACAGCUAUGGGAAACCUAUUACAUGGUUGAAUGGCAGCCAUGGGAAACCUAUUACAUGGUAGAAUGGCAGCCAUGGGAAACCUAUUACAUGGUAGAAUGACAGCUAUGGGAAACCUAUUACAUGGUAGAAUGACAGCCAUGGGAAACGUAUUACAUGGUUGAAUGACAGCCAUGGGAAACGUAUUACAUGGUUGAAUGACAGCCACAUGGUAGAAUGACAGCCAUGGGAAACCUAUUACAAGGUUGAAUCACAGCCACAUGGUAGAAUGACAGCCAUGGGAAACCUAUUACAAGGUUGAAUCACAGCCACAUGGUAGAAUGACAGUCAUGGGAAACUGUACCAUCAACAGUUGUGAUUUGUUACUUUUCAGAAGGUCCAGAAGCUGUUAAUUAUGCGCGAGAAAUUUGUCCAUGGGAUGCCCACAAGUAUUUGUGUUUUGUAAAUGUAUUUAUUUAUUUGAUUAAUUUAAAUUUAAAUAUGGAAACAUC